CGUUUAUCACUGUGACAGAAUGGAGCUGUGGUCACUCUGUGUGAUAAUCUUGUUUAUUUCACUUAUCCAGGUUGGAAAAGCUCAAGAUAAUAAACCAGUUCUGACUGUGCAGCCAAAUUUAUUACAAAUAUUCAGAGGAGAGACGGUUACACUCUCAUGUAGAAUUUCGGGAGGAAGUGGAACAUAUGACUGGUACAAAGAUAAUGGUUUUGAUCACCGUUCUUCUGCAAAGGACUACACUAUAAAAGUAGAUCAGAGUCACAGAUACAGUUGUUAUGGGUUUAAGGAUGGACAGGCAACAGCAAGAAGUAAUGAAGUGACUCUCUCAGUGAUAGAGAGACCAAAAGCUGUUGUGACUCUGCAGCCUGAUGGAGAGAUAUUCAGUGGAGAGAAAGUCACUUUCACAUGUGAAAUACGAGGACAUGAAGACACUGUGGAUGGGAAAUGGAUGUACAGCUGGUAUAAAGAUGGUGUCCGACUUUCUGACCCUGUUGAGAACAGAGAAUAUUCAUUUACUGCUGUAGAGUCUUUCAGUGGUAAAUACACCUGCAGUGGACAGAGAAAAAGUGACUCACAGACUUCAGAGACCAGCACUGCUGUUACACUCACUGUGUCAGGUCCUGGGUCCAACACUGUACCAGUAGCUGUGGCUGUGGGACUGAGUUUGGCCUUGCUAUUCAUCAUCCUUUUACUGAUCCUGCUGUGGAAACACAAAUACAACAAAGGAAAGGACAGAGGCAUACAGCAGAACAGCAAUCAGACACCAGGACAGAGUCAGUCAGGAGCUGAGGAUUCUCAGUCAGGAUACACACUGCUUCAAACCGGAAAUGAACACAUUUAUGCCACCAUGGGCAGUGCAGAUCAUGAUGCUGGACCCAGUGAUGUAACUUACGUUGAGCUUGAACUGAAGCCACAGAAAAAAGUGAAGAAAAAACAAGUGAAAGCCAAUGCUGAACCUGAUACUGUUUACUCAGAGCUGAAGCAGAACACAUAGGUGCUGAAGGUGUGUGUAAAAAUCUGAAGAGAUGAGAGAGAGAGAGAGAGAGAGAGAGAGAGAGUUCAUCUUGUUCAUCAUGUCUGCAUUUAUAUGAGGGAUUCUCAAAUCUGGCCCACAAGAUCUACUUUCCUGCAGAGUUUAGCUCUGACCUUAAUCAAACACACCUGAGAAUGCUAAUCAGUGUCUCCAGGACCAGUAGAAAAUCACAGGUAGAGAAGUUUUAUCAGGGUUGGAGCUAAACUCUGCAGUACAUUGGCCCUCCAGGGCAAGAUUUGAGGAACCCCGAUAUACAGAGAGAGAGUUAGAUUUGUUUAUACAUGAUCUUUGCACUUAUUUGGCUUAAAUUGUAUGAUGGGAAUGGAUUAUAUUUUAGCAAUCAUUUAUUUAAGCAAUCUAAACUAUUUCCACUCAACAGAAACAAAAGCCCAAAAUGUAUGUGUUAAUACAUACCAAGUAUGUAUUAUCCAAGUAUAAUACCAAGUAGGACCUGUCCAGGGUGUACCCCUGCCUUUCGCCCUAUGUGCACUGGGAUAGGCUCCAGCAGACCUCCGUGACCCUAGGAAUCCUAGGAAUAAGCAGGUAUAGACAAUGAAUGAAUGAAUGAAUACCAAGUAGGCCUAAUCUGUGUGCACUGAUUGUGGCAAUAUCAGUAUAUGUAAAAAUCUCUCUCAUUUUAUAUAUCUACUGUUAAAGGAAAUGUAAGGGUUUUUUUUGUUUGCUAUGAAUUUGGAAGUAUUUCAGCAAUUACUUUUGUACUUUUAGCUUGCAGAAAUGAUACGCUGUAAUAAAUUAUACAUAUAUUCUGCCAUUUUCUUAAGUCUGUUAAUUAUGGAUUCACUGUCCAGUAGCUAUGAAUUCAUUCAUAUACAUGAUUAAUGUUGUACUAUACAAAAAUAGUAUGUAUUUCUCUUUAAUAUUUUUUAAUUAAAUGUUAUUCAUUUAUAUUAUGUAUUAUUUAGCAAUUCUAGCAAUACUGUACAUAUAAAGGCAAUGGAAAUAUUGUUAAUGUUAUGAACAAAGCCUAAAAAAAUCUGUAUGAAGAGCUUACUACAGUGACACCUUUUGGGUAUAAUGUUUUUGUGUUUGAAAAUGUAUUAUUUUUUGUACCUUUACCAUAUAUACCAUAUAUAUAUAAAAUCUAGACAUUAUUUAGACCUUUUCCUCAAAUAUAGACAAAAAUUAAGUUCUUCCUGUAAAUACACAUCUCUCUUUUCUUUUAGAUAUUCCUGCUGUAUUUUAAUACUUAUUUCAUUUUUAUUAUCCUGACUACUCAUGACAUCAUGUGACACAACUCACAGUAAUACAAUAAUCUCAAGUCAAAAGACUUUUUAUUUAUUUUACAAGGUCAGAAUGUAAAUACUCAUAUACAAUAUGACCUGCAGUCUGCUUAGUCUUUUGGAAAUGACCUUCAGAUUGUUAAUACAUUUAGGUUUUUACUGAGUGGAGUUCAGCUGUAGUUCAGUCUCUCACCAGCAGAGAAAGAGAGCUUCACUGAACCAAACUGAAAGGAAGAUCAGCAUCACUUCUGCUACAGAGACACUGAUUUGAAGCACUGAAACAAACACACAGUAAUAAUACUAGUCAGAUUUGUGUUACUGUGUGUUUUUUCCACCACAUUCAGCAUUGUGGAGAACAAAUUAAUGAAUGAAUUAAUCAAACAAUAAUUAAAAUCCCAUCUGUCAUAUUUUG